AUGGCGAGGUCUGGACGGAAUCCCAUUCGACCACCAUUACGAAAGUUUCCAGCGUCGACCAAGAAGUCCAACGAGGCCGGCUUCCUCAAGCGCAAGGCCAGAAAAAGCCAAGCCCCGUCGGAGGUUUACGAAUACGAGCCAUCCAAAACCCGGCGUGCUAAGGUCGACAGUGGAUUCGACCGGGAUGAACUGAAGAGCUUCGGUGGAGCGGUGAGCGAUGGCGAAAGCGACGCAGGAGAACCCUCGAGAGCCCGAUUAAUCGGAGAGAAUGAGGACAACGAGGCAAUUGGGAGCGAUGACGACGAGGAAAUCGACAGUGACGCCGCUUUCGAAGAGAGCGAUGAGGAUCGGUUUGCUGGGUUCAAGUUUGCAAGUGAGAGUUUGCAGCAAAAACCCCCCAAGAAGAAAAGUGGGGCAGCUCGGAGGGCGGGGAAGGUCCGCUUCGCUGGCGUGGAUCUAAACGAGGACGACGUCGAGGCCUCGGCUCAUGAGGGGACUUCCGAAGACGAAGAGGAUGAAGAGGACGGCGAUCCUUCGGACUUUAUCGAUAUUCUGGAUGUACUCGAUGGCAAAGGCGAGGUGGAUACAGGGAGCGACGCAGGGGACGAGGAUCGGUCAGCUGGGCCGGCUGGCAGUCAUUUAGCGACGCACCGACACUCGGCAGAUGAGUCUGACUCGCCCGAUUCCGCCUCCGAGGAAGAGGCUCGCUCCAUGGACGACGAUGCUCCGGGCAUAACGAUAUCGGAUGAUGAAGACGACACGAUGGAUACUACUGAGGCGUUGGAUAAUCUCCAAAACUUCGUCACGAACCUGGGUGGUCUCGAAUCGCCGAAAGGGAUUGCGAAGCGGAAGGGUGAUGCCUCGCAGAAUCCCCAACCCGCGAAGAGACGACACAUCAUCAAGGAGCGUACAGAAGCCGGCGCCGAAAAUGAGUUUGGUGCUCAUACAAAUGGUGCGAAACUGAACCUCGACGACCUCCUUGCACCCCUCGCCGAAUCAUCUUCGACAUCGGCCCUAGCUUCACUUCAGAAAUCGGUCAAAACCCUUCGACCUCCCUCGCCUUCCACCUCAAAAGGCAAGGGUAAGGCUGGCUCGGAUGCGGCGUCUUCAAAGUCGAAGAAACCUCGGACGCUUGCUGCUCCUUUACCUCAACGCACCCAGGAGCGACUAGAUCGAGAGGCUGCGUACGAACAAACCAAGACGGAAGUGGAUAAGUGGAGCGACAGUAUGAAGCGUAUAAAAGACGCGGAACAUCUGAGUUUCCCUCUGCAACCAGAGCCAAAGACUGCCACAUCCAACCUCGAACUAGCGGCUCGCUUCAAACCGAAAACGGAGCUGGAAUCGGGCAUAUCUAAACUUUUACAGAGUGCCCAUCUGCGGGAAGAAGACAUUGCUGAGACGGAGGAUAGUGCACUGCAGGCUCAACAGCUCACCGUCGAGGAGGUCGCCGCGCGACGUGCAGAACUGCGCAAGAUGCGUGAACUGAUGUACCGCGCCGAGGUUCGAGCACAUCGCGUCAAGAAAAUCAAAAGCAAGACAUACCGGAGACUUCGGCGCAAGGAGAAGGAAAAGCUGGACGGAGCUACGGGGGAUGAUGAUAUGGACGAAGAAGAGAUGCGGCUGCGCAAGGAAGUUGACCGAGCAAGGGAGAGAGCGACGCUUCGACAUAAGAAUACGGGGAAGUGGGCGAAGUCGAUGUCGGGAAAGCAAGGUCUUGGCGAAGACGAACGGCGAGCAAUCGAGGAGAUGCUGGAUAGAGGGGAGAAAUUGAAGCGCAAGAUUCAAGGGCAGGAUAGUGAUAGCGAGCAGGACGACGAGAGCGACGAAGACGAGGAAGACGCUGACGAAGAUACGAUAAAGGCCAGAGCCUUUGAGGAGUUGGCUCGUUUACGGGACGAUCAUUCGGCCCCCGCGGGCAAAGCGAGAGGCGUCUUCGAGAUGAAGUUCAUGAAAGAUGCGAUGGCCCGAGAUUCGGCGAAGGCAGAUCGGGAAAGGGACGAUUUCAUUCGAGAACUUGGGGGAAACGCUGGCUUGGAGGAUCACAGUGGUGAUAACGACACCACACCCGUGGGCGAUGAAGACGUCACGGUUCAGCGCCUUGGUGGUCGCGUCAUCUACCAACCUGGCGCAUUACCUGUACGAACAAAUUCACGGAUAGUUCCGCUGUCGACGGCCUCAGAUACCUCCAGCGUCACCCUGAAAUCGACCGAUCUCGUUACUCCGUCACCUAUUGAGGCGCGGCAGACCAUCCCGAGCCGCAUGGAGGCAUCUACUAGGCAAUCCAACGACGAUUCGUCGUCCUCUAACCCUUGGCUUGCGUCUCGCGACGAGCCAAGACCCCAUGUUACCCGUAAAAAGAACGAGGUCAUCGUGUCGAAGACCAGCGGAGCGGCCGACAAAUCCAAGAAUCGACUAAAGAAGCAAUCCAAGAAGCUCGACGAAGAGCGCACUAAGGCGCGAGAUGAUGCCGAGAUCGAAAUAUCCAUGGACAACGUCCUCAAACCUACUGAACCUCGUGCUGAGCCUGCGUCCUUGAUAGCUCCUAUCAUAUCAGAGGACGACGAUUCGGAUGCCAAUAGCGAAGUCGAGGAGCAAGAAAAAAUGAUUUCGGCUAAGCAGAACGGGGGAAAGAAUGGCCAAAUUGCCUUUCAACAACGCGACUUGGUGGCGUUGGCUUUCGCUGGAGACAACGUUGUUCAGCAAUUCGAAGAAGUCAAACGCCGCGAAAUGGCUGAAGACGCCCCUCAGGAAGUCGACACUACGCUUCCUGGCUGGGGUUCUUGGGGAGGAACUGGUGCUCGCAAACAGCCCCCGAAGCCUCAUCUUAUCAAAAAGGUAGCGGGUGUCGACCCCGGAACCCGAGCAGACUAUGGCAAGGCGCACGUCAUUAUAUCUGAGAAACGAGACAAGAAGGCCGCGAAAUAUCUGGUCAAAGAUCUGCCUUAUCCGUAUACUAGCAAGGCCCAGUUCGAGCGAAGUAUGGAGACUCCUUUAGGAACGGAGUGGAAUACGAGGCUUGGGUUCCAGAAGGGGACUCUACCGAAAAUUGUCAAAAAGAUGGGCACGGUCAUCAAUCCGCUGGAGAAGCUGUUCUAA